UUCAUUUGGAAUGCGGAAUAUUAUCGCAUUGGCGCUCGGUCAGUGACAGCCGUUUCCACAUAUUUGUAUAUAUUUCCGAACGGUGAACAGAGUCAGUCCCGGUUGUUUGGAAAGCCGGUUGGUACAGUAUCACGUCUGCCGAUACAGGAACGGUAUGUAUGAUUCAGGUUUAUUUAUCAGGAAAAGCACUUUCAAAUCAUGCAAAGCUCUUUCCCUUUUCCUUUCCACAUAAAAUACCCAUCCUCAUAAACCCGUUAAUUCCACAAGAUCAACAGCGCUAACAGAAAUUGAAAGCAUUCAUCUCAGUGUCCUGAUCUGGUCGCCAUGACUUUAAUUUUUAAAAAACUGAAAUUUACAAGAAAGCAAAGUACCGUAUCUCUCGGCUCUCAUUGCUGAUGGUCCCCUUCGAGAAGUUUUGAAAUUCUGCAUUUUUUCGCUAUCUAAAGUAACGCGUGCACAACGGCGCGCUGAUGACGUGUCACAAUUUCCGUUUGGUAAUUAUGACACACUCACCCAGAAGUUUGAAUUAAUUUAAUUUUGUAGAAAUUGUGUUCUGGAAUAGACCAGGCGGUGUGCGUCACGAGAUUCGACCAAUCAGAAUGCGUCAUUUGUAGAGUGAUUUUCGCGCUUGGAAAGAGCAUUUUUUAGAGGUAUAUGUGGUGAAAUUUUCGCUUUAUUCCAAGCUUGUGUUGGUAAUUUCGACACUAUACCGUCGUGGAAAGUUGUUGGAACACUUCAUCUUGAUAGCAGUCGCGUUACUUUUAAAUAUUUUACUUUCUUGAGCGUUUGUGAGAAGUUUGAAUUGCUCGGUCAUGUGCAGGCCGCCAUGAUGAUUUGAGUGUUGUUUUUGCCGUUCUUCUUGGAUUCAUUGUUGGUUACUGUUAGCGGUUUUAUCGAAUUAUUUUGGCCCUCUUUUUGCUUCAACCUUUCUUCUUUGCAAAUUUCGAGGUCUACCCGGGUCUACCCCUGUUAGUUUUCCCGUUAUGAGCCGUUGAAAGUGUCUUGGAAUUAAAACAUCGUCUCAACCAAGUGGCACAACUCCCGUGAAACGGGUUGAGAAAACAUGCCGAAGCGGAAGCCGACGUGAAGCGAGUAACCCCAAAUCUAGGAAGAGUUUGUUCUAUUUUAGACCAGAAGUGGUAAAUAAGUUUGAAUAUUGUAAUAACCUUUGGAAACAAAAUAUUUUCAUAACCCAGUGCGGAAACUGAAAGCGUGACUUUAAAAUAAUUUGCAUGCGGCGUGUGCUGUGUGUAUGCAAAUCUUUAUGUAAACUAAUGUGAGGGAAUAAAUUGUUAUAAAUCUCUACCAAAACACAAAACCGUUAUCGAAGGUCCAGACAACAUCAUACAGGAUUUUAAAACGGUGAGGUUAGGUUUUACUUUAUAACAAAAUCGAUAAACUGCGCUCACUUCAAUGGACGCACAGACAAGAUAGUGGUUUAUUUCUGCCGCUGGAGCUUCGGUGAAAUUCCGAUUGUGCUGUAGCUUAUCGGCUCUUUCGGUCUGUUUUCCCCUUGCCUGAUAGAAGAUUUAUUUACGCAUAAGAAUUUCAAACGGGCACUGUUUUCAAAAUAAUAUAAACUUGUCGAUGAAAAUAAAAUUGUUAUGAGAGACGAUUUCUCACCUUGCUGUUUGCUCGCGCUCCCCCUCCUCGACCGGUAAUAAAGUCCAUCAAAUGUAUAAACACUUCUGAUGGACGAUUUUUUUUAGUUAAGCAAGUCCAGGUAUGAAUUAGAGAUCUCUUUCACUAUGAGAUAAAAAUAUACAUAUAAAUCAAACAGUACAUAAAAUCUUAUGCGAAGUUGGAAAUUAGUCGCCGCUCAUUAGUCGGCUAGAUCGCACGAUCGUCUCCGAACCGCGAUAAACUUAUUGAAAUUGUCUUGGGAAGCCAAUAGCAAGCAUCUAAGGCCCCUAUGAGAUCUUGAAAAUUCUCCAAAUCGCUCUCUUCCGUAAUGUUUUUCAGAAAAGGCAUCAGUUUUUUGAUCCCUGGGUUUGAUUCAUCUCUCUUACGAGAUGCGAACUCGACCAUGUCACGAUUGAAAUGAGGCACAGUAACAGUUUUACCAAUGAACCUUUGUGGGUCGUGACGCACACCGCCUGGGAACAGACGAUCCAUAUCUGUUGUCUAUCUUUUAUGUUUGAGUAAAUCCCAUAUCUCAACGACUGCAUUGCGCGCUAAAAUUUUAUUUCACGUCUCUACUCUUUGUUCACCGUCGACAAAGGUAAACUUUCUCUCGUCUUCGACAAUUUGAAGAAGGAAUUUCGAUUGGUGUCUUCCGUGCCGAAAAAAAAAACUCGAUUAACCCUUUCACUCCCAAGAUCUGAUUGUUAAUUCUCCCCUCUAGCUGCUACACAUUUUCUUGUAAAUUAAUUACAAGAAUUUGGUGUCAGAUCAAGAUAACAUCUAUAAGUCUUAGUAUUCUCAUUUCCUGUUUGUCGGAUAAAGUAUUGACAUGAUGGGGAGGAGUUACAUAAUAAACACUUCUAGCAGAUAAAAGGCUAGGACGGCCCAUAUACAAUACACUCGUGUUAUAUUCUUUCUUGUGAUAAUUAGUGUUCGCCAAAUAAAAGAGAAGGUAAGACUUAACCCUAUGGAAUGCCAACACUGUCUCAUGUGAUUGUAAAUAAAUUUAAAUCAUAUAAAUGCAUUGCGGUAGAAGAAACGAAUAUAAGCGAUCCUCGCAGUUAUGAACACUACUGAACUAGUAGUUGAAAUAAGUAUACGUAAUCACAUGAUUUCGAGUGCAAUUUGGAACAAGAAGACGCCUGAAGGCGCUUACGCGGGAUUUGUGGGUUUAAGAAAGAAUUACGGGUAUGUUGGAUGGAAAUGGAAGUUGAGUAGUGUAUGCAACAAAUGUGUGCAGGAGAGACGGAGAUGUUCUGUUAAGGACUAAUACACUAGAAGAUGAGUUACACACAAGGGUUCCUUUGCUACUCCAAAAAAAACUUACAUCAAUAUUACCACCAUAUAUGAUAGGAGUAUGGGGUAUUUCACCAAAAUUUGCAUUCCUUUACUAAUGUCCUCAAAAAAUGCACUUCCACAUUUAACAAUAGCAUGUAACGUAUCAUACUUCCAAUAACUACAGGGCUGCAAGGAAGUGCUCUAGGGAAAAUUUCAGAGAGCCCUUUGGGCUCCCCAAGCAUUUUUAGCUGGGGUACCCGGGCCUCUAAGGUGGUCGCCCAAAUUAAUAAAUCAAUGAGCUGUUAGUUAAUUAUUAAACAUUAAACAAAUUAUUUUCUUAUCAAGUCAAGCAGAAUUUUGUGAAUAUUUUUUUCAUGAAAAAUCACAUCCCUUUGACCUCCUGAGCGUGCGAAAAAAAAAAAACCCGCAUGUUGUUAUAUGAAAGUAAGUUUUCGCGCCAGAACCCCUACCCCAUUAUAGUCUUUUCUGUGGCCAAUAUUGUAGAUCCCAUAUUAGUCACUCUUGUGGAAAUAUGUAAUUUUUGCGAUCCCAAGUUAGUCACUUUCUAUUUAUGUAUCUACCUUAUCAAUCCUUUAAAUAGGUCAUCAAGAAAUGAAUUGACCUAUUUUUUAAAUAAAUUGAAUGAAGAACACUUUACUUUUCGCCUACAGUACAAAUAUCCUGAUAGGUUUGCUAACCGUAAAUAUGAACAGCUCUCUUACCCCAAAAAUCCGAAAAUGUGCGACCCCAUUCUAGUAACUCUUUUGAAAAUGCAACCCCAUUAAUGUUCAAUCUAGUCGUGAAAAUGCGACCCCAUCCAGCGGCACAUCCCUAUUAGCCUCUUUAUAAGGAAGUGCCCCCACCGGGGGCCGCCCCAAAACUAUGAUCUCUUUUGAAUAGAUCAUCUUGUUGUAAAGUCGUCUUUUAAGCGCAAAACAGAAGUAUUUUCUUUCUAUAUUACCGGUGAAAUGUUCAAGACAAAUGUAGAUUCGGUUAGCUUUUGCGUAUUUAUUUUUAGUACGUGAUACGUAAUGCCUUGUCACGACACGAAAGACAAUGCGGGAUUUUAUAGAUUUAUACCCCCUUUAUACCCGAUUCUAGAACAAUCACAAUUAUAAUAGUCGUCUCUUUUCUUUUUUAUGCAUCGUAUUUUACUGGAAUAACAAUCUUAGUUAUGUUUUAUCCUCGCAGACACAGCAGUCAAAAAAGGUAAAAAUAGAAGACCGACUCCCUUGUUUAUUCAGCGAUUUUUCAAAAUACAAAACUAUUGUUUUGCGUCGCCGACCGUACUUCACGCCUGUCAGAGCAAAAGUAACAACUUGUUUUGAAAAACUAACUAAUGAACAAUCCUGAUUUGAAGAAAAAAUUUCAAUGUUACUAUGAAAAGCUGUUACUAUCGAAAACUGUGCAGCUUGUCACGUUCAUAGUCAAGGAUUAUGUUACAUGUGAAUUCACGUGAAACGACCUUUGAACAUCAACGCGUGCCCGCUGCCCGAUUGAACAACAUUUUCCUAAAGCUUUUUGAUAGACAUGCUACUUAUUGCUACUUACAGAGUCGACCUCAAGAGUUUCUUAGCGAGAGGGGCGUUCUUUUUAGGCCGCGAAGCCACCGAGAGAGCUACGAUUUCGCAAGUAAUAAAUUCUAGACAUUCUUAGCGUUUUGACUGUAACUCAACAGAAACAAGAAACCAACACCAGCAAGUCGCCCGGCUGGGCCACCUAGACAAUAUUUUCAGUCGCCCGAGGCCAAAUCUUGCGUCGUAUUAAGAGCACUGCCUUGAGUCUUCGUCCUCCUCUACACAGUGAGCUUACUUUUCCCUCCUUUGCUGACGCAGUAUGUUUUAUCGGCUUGUGCAAUCCAGCCUGACUUGCACGUGCUUCGACGUUGGGGCCAAUAAAAAUCCACACAAUUUCUCGGGACGGGCACGGGAUACGGGAAAGUUAAAAAAACAAGGCAAUUUUUGACUCCCAAGACGACGAAAGGAAUGCGCUACCGAAUUUUAGACGCUGGCUGACUACGUCAUCCCGCGUAAUAAGUAAGCGCGGGUAAAUUUUUCCACACUAACAAAAUUGCACGAGCCCGUGGGGCGAGUGCAAUUUGUGGUCUUUGAAAAAAAUUAACAAGUGCUCAUUUAUUCCAAAUUGCACAAGAAAAAUCAUGUGAUUACGUAUUAAUAACAUUCAUGAAAAAAUACGAGAUAGCUUAUCAUAGAAGCAAAGCACGCGCAUGCAUCAAGUGGAAAAAUAAUUUAUUCAAAUUUGUGCGUUCCGUGUACGAUCAAAACAAUAAUAUACAAUGAUAUUUUCACAUCUUUAAGGCGCAAAAAAGUUCAAAGUCCGGCUAAACAGUUUAAGGAAUUGUUCAGUCUGUGUCCGAGUCACCUUCGAUGAAAUGGGAUGGUCGUUUGCGAGGUUGAACCAUGUUUGUUUUUAACUUCGGCGUAGAAUUGCUCGAGCAAAGUGUUAAGCUAAUUAAGCUCGUAAUUUUCGAUUUCCUUGGCAAAUUCCCUUCUCUAAACAACACUUUUUCCAAACCGAAAACCAAAAUUCAGUUCUUUUUACAGUGUUUUCGUUGUUAGAGCUGUAUCGUUGUUGCGGUGGCAAAAGAAAACCUACUUAAAACACCCGCCAUUGUUUCGCUCGCAAAUUUUCAGCGUAUCCAAAUGUUGCGACAUCCAAGGUUCGCAUUUCACUGGCUAUCUGUGAGUUUCUUUGAUUAUUGACCAAUCAGAAUGUCUGGUUUGUUACUUCUUUGCACUGAACUAACCCUCUUCUGCAUUGAAUUACCUGAAAACUGCAUUUAUCUUAACCAGUCAGAACUGAGUAAUUUUUUCAUGUAUAUUAUAAGGCCUGAAAAAAAAAAUUCAGGCCCGUAAGGGCCUGAAGGUGAUUUCCUAUCAUUAUAUGCGGUGCAUGUUGCAUCAAAUGCGGUGCUUUUUGCAUUGUAUGCGGUGAAGUUUCCAUCAUAAGCGUUACAUUACAUGCAAUGCUUUGUCCAAUAUAUGUGGUGCUUUUUACACUACAUGCGAUGCUUUUGUCAUUGUAUGCUCUGGUCAGUAUGUGACGCACUUUUUAUAUUUACUUAUAUUUACUUAAUAUCUAUAUUUAUGUACUUUUUAUAUGAGGUACUAUUUAUAUUUAUAUUAUAUGUGGUGCAGCAACAUAGUUUGUGCACAGUUCUUUGAGUCGAAUACGGUCACGAAUUGUGCUCACUCCUAGGCCGGCCAAAUCGCUAUCUUUCAUAGAUAAUGCCACUCCUGGGUUUAUCCUUUCAUUGGAAAAGUUCUCUGAGAGGGUUCCCGAGCUCAACUGGUUUAAAAUUGAAUCCAUGAUGUCCGUUCGAGCCCUGGAAACAAAAUGGCGGAUCCUCGGCACCCAUUGCAUUGUGGGUUUUUAUAAGCUCUUACCCAGUUCCCCGUCGAAUCUCGACCUCAUCCACAAUAUGAAGAAAGUACCGCAUAUAAUGACAAAAGCACCGCAUAUAAUAUAACAAGUACCUCAUAUAAUGACCAAAGUACCACAUAUAAUGACGAAAGCACAACAAAUAAUAACGAAAGCACUGCAUAUAACGACAAAAGGACCGCGGAUAAUGUAAAAAGCACCACAUCCACAUAUGUCGGACAAAGCACUGCAUAUAAUAAACAAAGCACUGCAUAUAAUGAAAAUUUCACCGCAUAUAAUGAACAAUGCACCGCAUAUAAUGAUGGGAAAUCACUUAAGACAGUGUUAGCGUUCCAUAUAACCCAAACCAAUAUUUGGCAUCGUACGAAUUUGGACUUGAUACAAAUAGGUACAGGUGUACUUCGUUUUGUGAAAUUUAACCCCAAAAGAAGAAUAUUUUUGAUGAGCCAUACGUAAAUCAGUCAACUGCAAAUCUGUUAAGGAGGGAGGAGAUUUUUUUCUAAAAAUACGAAGGGGUAAAACCAGUUUUAAAAGUGUUAUGCGUAGAUCCUACUAGUUUGGAUCUAAAAACUGUUACGGUUCUGUUAAUGUUUGGAACUAAAAAUAACUUAUACAGAAUCGAUCCUCGCAGUUAUGAACACUACUGAACUAGUAGAUGAAAUUUAUUUCAACUACAAGUUCAGUAGUGUUCAUAACUGCGAGGAUCGACUCUAUAUUCGUUUCUUCAACCGCAGUGUACACAUAUGAUUUUCAUAUGUUUGUAUGUUUUCAUAUGUUUGUUUAUUAAAAAUAACUUUGUAAACUUUCAGACAACAUGACAUCUAAAAAAACUGGUUUGGCUUUUUCUGGUGGUGGCAUUCGGUCAGCAGCACUAUGCUCUGGAGUCCUGCGCAGGCUGCUAAAGGAUAAAGCAAAAGUAGACUACCUGAGCUGCGUGUCAGGGGGUGGUUACACAGGCACAUCCUUUCUGGAUUGGAAAUACAGAAAAGAGAAGAAAACAGAGGACAGCGAAGAAUGGCAUGAAGAGUUCUUUGACAACAUGCGACAAAGAGCAGGUUACUUUUGUAACUGGGAGAAGCCACGUCAAGGAAUCGUUGAUACAAUUGUAAUGUUCCUCCUCGUACUGACUGUCACCUUCAUUGAACCGAUUGUCAUAUAUGGAUCAUACGCAUUUCCACUUGCCUUCAUCAUCGAUUACCUUUUCGGAAAGUUACUUCGAGCCAAAGUGGAUUGUGACCAGUUUGCACCAACCCGUACUCCAUGUCCAGAAAACGUAGUUUUCUCUAAGAUUUCCCUGUUUACGGUUCUGGUCAUGUCAUUUGUCAUCUCCUACAUUCUGUCGCAAUGGUUGUCUAGGAGGAAGUCUAAAUAUUUCAGACUUUUCUCAAUAAUUUCCUUCUUACUUCUUUCUCUUACUUUCCUCCCAUUUGCAAUCAACGAUUUUUUCAUUAAAAUCCCCCUGUGGAGUCGGGCGAUUAUCGUAGUAAUUGGUGUGGUACUAUGGUUCGUCCUACCUCUGUUGCGGGACAAAACGUCCUACGGCAUUCUAAUCUAUCUCUACUCUUACAUCAUCUAUUGGAAAGUGUACAAAGCCAAGGUUGUUGGUGUUGUGUAUUCUGAUGGGCUGUUUAAUGGGCUGCUUUUUGCCUCUGGGUUUAUCAUGUGGUUUGUUCCCUACCUGGCACAAUCAAGGAAGAGGCUCGUCCAUAUCUUCAACAGGUAAGACUCAAAAAGGUAAUGUUUAUCCGCAGAAAAGAAAGGUAGGGUCGGUACUGCGGCCAAGUGGUCCUCCCAGCCGAAGCUUACCCGGCUAUCUUGGCAUGACUAGAAGUAUUACUAACCCUCCUCCCCCCCCUCCCCCCCUCAAGAAUUUCAUCAAGCUUCCUUGACAGUUCGCAGAUACCAAUUUUUACUCCGGUGUGGAGAGAGGAACUGUAAGCGUUCAGUGUUUUGCCCAAGAACACACCACACUGACCAGGCCAGGUCUCGAACCUAGACCUCUCGAACUCCAGUAGUUCAGUGCACUAACAAUUAGGCAACCGCGUCUACCUUAUCCGGAGAAUGAUUACUUACUUGAUCACUUUUAACUCUACCCCUUUGCAGAUGGAGACUUCAGAAGGCAUUUUACUCAAAGGAAAGUUUAGCUACCAAGGGAUGUCUGGAAAUACUCCAGGAGAUUUUCUGUCUUUUGUGGACAUGUCUGAAGAGAAAACAGAAGCGGGAUUCUCGUCACAGAGAACAGAGAGGUAGCUUUAAUUAUUUGGCGGAUGACAUUGAGCCAGAAAAGAAAAGAUCUUUGAACCUGGCAGAUCUCAGAGGCCUAGAGCCUGAAUAUAUAUCAAACAUGACCAUCCACAGCUGGAAGGAAGAGGCAGAUUCUGACACGGAUGAUGAUCUCCUGACAAUGUCGCCUACCACAAUAGAGCGCUUAGAUCGAGGUCCAUCGACUGUCGAUCCAUUCAAGGAUAGGCUGAGGCCUCGAGAUAUAGAGUUGUCAGACGCCAUGGCAACGUCUGCAGCAGCAAUUUCCGGGUACGGUGAUAACCUUGAGGAAUUGCGCGUUGCCACGAUUCUUGGACUCGAAAUGGGAGCCACAGUGAUCAGCAACCUCGAGGCAAUUGAAAAGGAGGGAUGGCUCAUGAAGGUAAGAGGUUGCUCAACCAGGGAUCAGAUAAGUUACCUCUUACAAUAACUACUGAAGGACUGCUGAGAGUUAUGGUCUUCUCAGGGAGUUUCUUUCUAAGCAUGAUAUUCGUUUGGCAAGGACAUACCAUGCUUUGCGUACCUCAGUGCAGUUGAGAUCAGCUGCUCUGACGGAAAAGGAGGGGGAAGCUUAGGGGGGAGGCAAGAUUUUUAUGGAAUCACAGGGUUUUCAGGGUGAACUGUGGAGAGAUCGGUCGUUGCCAACUGAUUAUAAAGGACAAACAUUGCCUGUCAGAGAAUGUUACAGAGCCUUAUGGGAAGAUCUGGUAAACGUUAUUGUGACACUACCAAAAUCUAGCAACCCCUGAUAAAUAAUGACUGAUCCCUAAGCAUGAUAUUUCCUCGGCAAGUACAUAUCGUGUUUAAACAGAGUAACAGUAAGGUAACCUCCUUGACUCUGUCAUUAAUUAAUGCUUUAGCCUUGCAUGUAUCUUUCUCUCUCUACAACAGCUCCUCCCAAUUCUCAUCAACAUUCUCCGUGGUCUUCCAUUGAUCGCUGUACCAGCGGUUUACUAUAGCGGAGGACAUGUGUGGUCAAUUAAAGCGGGAGUAUUCACAUUCUUUGCAAUUCACCUCAUGUUGGCUUGUAUUGGAGCUCUCGCUGAUACAGGAGCUCCGAACCCAAACUUAUGGCAGAAGAUAGCCAGGUAAGGAUUGUAUAAAUAUGAGCACCUUACGAUGGUGUGGAUAGACCCACAUCAAAAUACUCAAAAAUGCCAAUCUGAACAAUGGGAAAUAUCCGGAGGAGCACGGGAGAGCUCGUGGUAAAUUGCUCAAUGCAAUCAGCCUCAAGGGCAGGAAAAAUGAGCAGGACAACAUUGGUCUUCCUAGCUGUUUGGUUCAGAAGGUGGUCCAGGGUUUUGAGUAAAACCAAAGAAAUUCUUGUAUUCCUUUGGCACUCCACUGGAGUCACUCUAAAUGAUAAGAUGAAGAAACCCAAAACCCAAACCCGUCCAUUCCUCAAUUAUGGUGACCAGGUUAAUCCUGAUCAGAAGUUAAUUGAAAUGAAAGCUUUCUGUAAUUAUAUAUAAAAUGUAUGAUCAUUGUUUACUUUGUAAAUCGUCACACGACUUGAGCCCACUCGAAUCACGGAGAGUGGUAAAAUUCUCGGUCACUCACAGUUUGGAAAAGACCAUUUUUCAGAUAAACUGUCCUUCUUUAUAUGUAUAUAUUUGGCUCUGACGAUGAGCUAACGCUCGAACCAAAGAAUCUCUUUAUGGUGGCCCAUUUACAUAAUCAACUCAGUUGACAAAAUCAAAUCAUCUUGUAAUACCCACCACCGAUGCAGCAUCACAGUUUCUUUGGAAAAUUACUCCCUUUAAACAAAUUUUGUAUUAUGUUUUUUAACCUAGGUGGUUCAUCGUGCACGUUUCCUUUGUGAAGUUCGUGAGAGAAGGCCUUAACAUUGACAACAUCGGACCCAUGCCUCCUCCCGUCAUGCUACUUAGCGAUGGAGGCCACGUGGAAAAUCUUGCCAUUUUGCCAUUGUUAAAGAAGAAACUCAAGAAAAUUAUUGUGGUGGAUGGCGGUUACUAUUCCAAUGAGAAGACUUAUGGAGAAGAACUACUGAAAGCACUGAUGCUGGCUCGUAGAGACCUGAACUGUUCAUUUAUUGGCCAGGGCGGUCGUGACGUCAUUUCAGACCUGUUGGAGAAUUUCGUGAAGCUUCAGCAACCAGAUGAAAGAAAACCCCGACAUUUCAGGUACGUGUCUAUGAUCCUUUCCGUAAUUUACUACCACCUCUUCUUUGUCGUCGAGCGCCGCUUUAAACAAGACACCUGACAAGACUACCGACACCUGAUUACACUCAAUCAGGGAAAGCACUGGUUUUUCGAGUGGGAGGUGGAAAUAAGGGGAAGUACGACCUUGAGUUGGCGCAAGAGAAAAAUGAGGUCCCAUUUUUUUCUUUUGAUUUGGGAUAGCGAGUCUAUUCUUGGUUAUCGGAUCCAUGCCAAGGUUUGUGUAUCGUGUGAAGCUUGGACCGAGUUCACCAUUUGCAGUUAUCUUCAGCUAAUCUUUUUUCCUUCUUGGUGUAUCACUGCCUGUUUUAUAGUUUUGUAUCUUGUCAAAGUACUACAUCGUUUUCUCUUUUAAGAUGAAAGAGGUUCUACACGACAUAAAUUAAAUGGCAUAAAUUCAAUGUAAGCUAGAAGCUCUUAAAAUUCAAACAUGCUUAUAAUCUCUUGCUUCAAAACAAUAAUUUUUAAUCUAUCGUUUCUUUUUUUUCGCUAGAUUUAACGUUGAAUACUACGAAAACGACCACAAAGUUGGUGAAGGCGAAAUUUUGCUCAUUCGGCCAAGAGAUCCGCGAAAAGGUGAAAAGAGCGAGUUCAAAACCUGGGAAGAGUUUGGUUUCCAUCUGGACGCACGUGACUGGGGGAAUAGUCCAUUUCUGAACGAAGAAGACGUCGACAAGUUGACCUUCUGUUGUUGUGCAUGUUGUAACAAAAAGUCCUAUUUGAGCGGUUUGUCUGAGCUCCUCUGCCACAAGUUCCCGAAUCAUAGUACAGCUAAUCAAUUCUUCACGCCUUUAAUGUUCUCCGCCUAUCAUCGUGAAGGCUUCCGAGCAUGCGUCGAAGCGGAAGCUGCUGAAUUUCUCAAGGAUAACCACGAUGUCCUUGAGGUGUGACUAUUACUCAUCUGAGUGUGAGUGUGUGUGGCUAACCCCUUAAUAACCAAACAUGUACGCAAAAAAAAGUUUGGCUUGUCUGUUGAGUACUGAUUGAUUAGGAAUAUUGGAAAUCGUUCCAUAGUAAAUAGAGGUGACUUGUUCAGACAGCAGAAAGAUUUCUUCAUUUCUAUUUUUAUUACUAUGUGG